GAGAGUGAAGAAGAAAUGGUAGUAGAAGAAAUAUCGAGUUGAACGUCUGGGAUAUAUCGAAGAAAGCCCUUGACACUAUGUAGAGAGAUGAUGAUAUCGAUAAGUAUAUGUAUGCAUGAAAUUGAUUUAGUUCGACAUCUAUGUUGAAUAUAUCAUUUUAUUAUAACUUGGAACAUUUAAACAUUGUUCAACUCGGAAACAAGCUUGGUUCCAAGACAACACAAGUAUAUUACCCCAGAAAUUUAAUCAAAAGAACGGGACUCACACUUGAAGAGAUACCUUGCUCAUUCGUUGACGAUAAUGAAUUCUGCAAUAACAUAUUUGAUACUACUGCUCUUUCGGAUGAGUUCUUCUCAAAUGACGUGCUGGUCGAAGCGGCCUCGCUUGUAUUUAAGUCAAACAAUUCAUUCGUGAAAUUUUUUCAUACUGUUCUGCUGUCGCUGUAAGUCUUUAAUCGAUCACUUAGGUUCUGUAGCGUCUAUUUAACUUUCCUAAUUACUGUAUUUUUAUUAAUUAU